AUGAAGCAGCAAAGCCACGCCCGGUGUUAUUCCUCAACAACAGAGGAAGCCCUAACCUCACCACCUCCUACGUCACUUCCUUCGGAUCUGGUUGUUGAAAUACUGUGCAGAUUACCGGCAAAGUUUCUUCUUCAAUUUCGAUCCGUCUGCAAGCUAUGGAAUUCUCUUAUCUCCGAUUCCAAAUUCGCUAACAAGCAUCUUCACCUAUCAACCACUCACAGAAUCAACUCCGUUUACUACUCCUAUUUUCUACGCAGGCACGUUUUUGAGUCUUACCCACUUGACUCCAUUUUCUCUAACAUAUACACUAAUGCCACUCAGCUCGAGUGUCCUCCCAACAGUUUUGAUGUAGAUUACUACCCUCUCGAACGUGCAUAUGACCGUUUAUAUUCCAUUGUUGCCUGUUUCAAUGGUAUCGUUUGUCUUGCAUACUCUUAUGAUUGUUUUGUUCUAGUGUGGAAUCCUUCCAUUGGAAAAUUUAAAGAAUUACCCUAUCCUGACAAGCCAAAAUUUUAUUAUAUCACUAUCCUAUCAUAUGGCUUUGGCUAUGAUAAUGUUAAUGAUAAUUACAAGGUAGUCGUUGUUUUUCCGUAUUCUGUCGACAAAACUCAUGUAAUGGUUCAUACUCUUGGUACUAAUUUUUGGAAAAGUGUUGAAAAGUUUCCUUUGAGUUGUGACCCUCUUGGGCGAUCGGGGACAUUCGUUAGCGGUACGAUUAAUUGGUUGCCUUUUAAGGAUAAGAGAGUUUUGUCUUUUAUUGUUUCUUUUGAUUUGAGAACGGAGUCUUAUAGAAAGAUUUUGCAGCCCGAUUACGGAGAGUUUGUGCCAGAGGCAGAGUUGUUAUCCCUAGGUGUGUUGAGAGAAUGUUUGUGUUUAAUUUGUUAUCACAGUGUUUGGAUUAUGAAGGAAUUUGGAAACAAAGAUUCUUGGACUAAGAUUUUCACUAAUACCUAUAACUCUUGUUUUUGCUUGACUAAGGCAAUAUAUAUGUUUGAGGAUGACCAACUCUUGCUUGAAGCUUCUUAUAGUCGGGUCACCAAAAUGUUGAUUCUUCAUGAUCCAAAAACUGGGACUACUAAAUUUAUUAAUUUUAAAAACAAGAGUACUCUUGAUUCAAGUCCAGAAGUCUGUGUUGAGAGUUUAAUAUCGCCUUGGUCUUAAGCAAUGAUUGUAUAUCACAAAAUGAAUGGAGUGGACUGGAAUUCAGCGGAGCGGAAUGAAGAUUCCAUUCCAUCAUUUAAAAAAUUUUAGGACGGAAAAAGACUGUCACUAGCAUGUGAUUCAAAGGCAAUCUUUAUGUUAAUUUAUGUUUUGUUACUUAUGGAUAUUGUUAGUUAAUGAUCAAUCAAAUUUGAAAUUUGAGAAAUUUUAGUUUAUUUAUUUGUAGAGUUUAUUUUGCCCUUUCUCUAGUUUUUGUUUUAGUAUGUUGAAAUGUCUAAACUACACACAUUUUAU